CUGACCUUUUUUCUUCUAGUAUUAUUCUUUGUCUCUAGAAAUGAAUUGCUUAAGCUUGAAAUUCUUGGAAAUAAAUGGAUAGGCUUAGGAUAAUAUUUUAGGAGUUUGUGAAUUAGAGUUUAAAGCAAAUACAACUUUUAACUAAAAUGAAUUAGAUGGAGGAUCUGAAAGCUAACUAGAAAUUAUUGGGAUUCUUGUAUUGGAUUUGAUUGAAAUUGAGACGCAGAAAACAAGCCCUACAUUUUUAAUAGCACACAAAUCUAUGAAAUGUUAAACUAAAGAAUAUGAAAGAUCAUGGCUUUGUUUAUUUUAGGUUUUCUUGUGUGGGCUCCAAAAAUUCGCACCCCUGGCCUCUCCGCAGACCCCGUUCUUUCUUUUUCUUUUUGGGUCGUCGAGGAGAGUUUUAACAAGUUUCGAUGCAAAUUUUCAGAAGACAGAUUGGGUUUGUAGCAUAGUUUAAAAUUGCACAAUGAGAGGCACGCCUCUGCGCAAUUCUGGGCAAAUGAGCCUCAUUGCUUAAGCCUUUUUGGGUAUUCAUGAGGCUUACGCCUCGUGCACUGUGAGGCGCGCCUCUGAGGCUGAAUUGCGCAAUUCAGCCUGAGGCACACGCCUCUAAUUUCGGGACCCACUCACUUAAGUCUCAAUGAAAUAAUACUUAAUUCCUCCCCUCCCCUAUCAGCCAUACCCGAACCUGAGCAGAAAAAAAGCUGCAGUCCUCCAGUUUGUUCGCACGCCGCUCGGCCUCCCUUCUUGCCGCCUCUCCCGCCGGCGCCGCCUCACUCCGGCCUUCUUGAAGUGUUCGACCGCCCUCUAGGAGUCCACAACCGAUUUUAGGUAAAUUUUUUAAGUUCAACCAAAGAUUUUUCAAGUGAAAGAAAAUCUAGUUUUUUUGAAUUUUUUUUGUUUAUUUUUGGAUUUUUGCAUUACGAAAUAUGGUUAGAGGCAAGGAUAAGACAAAUACGUCAUCACGGCGUGACCCUUCUUGGAAAUAUAGUGUGCAAGUUGAUGUAGGGAGCUUGCAGAUUUAUAACUUGUUUUAUUUCGGAAUAGGGAGGGAUUUUUUUGGUUUGCAAGCAGCAAAAUCAACUAUUGUCAAAUGGCCUCCAGUUGAAUUGUGGAUCCAAUUUGGUGAUUCCACCCCGGAGUUACAGAGUUUUGCAGUUAGAGUUUUGGGCCUCGUUCUUCUUCUGGGUGUGAACGAAACUGGAGUACAUAUAGUCAAGUGCAAACAAAGAGAAGAAAUUGGCUUUCAAUACUCAGAAUGAACUCCCUUGUGUAUAUUAUGCACAACAAGAGAUUGAAAGAAAGGAGGUUAAGGAACAAGGGGUUUAAGGAUGAUGAGGACUCAUUAGUGUGUGAUAAUGUGGCAUCUGAUAAUGAGUGGUUCUUAGAUAAUGAGACAGAUUUGCCAUUAUCAGACCUGCAAUCCACCUUUUACCAAUCUUAGGUUGUAUGAUGAUUGUAUUUUAUAGGGACAGGUCUUUUACUAUAAAAUGCCAGUGUUGCCAUUUCAAUCUACAUGCAACAUUGCUUGUGUUUCGAGUUCUUCAUUGUUAUAUAUAGAAGACAUUUAUACUCUUUAUAGUGGAUUGACAUUA